UGAGUUCUCAAGUAUUUAUUUGAAAAGAAAUCAACACAGUUUUGCCUGCUGGACUCUUCAUGUCGAGCAGAGACAAGGCACUGGCGUAAAGCGCGUUCAACAUGUCGGUCGACAUAAGACUAGCGAGUUCGCGUGGGAAAGGGGCAGACUUGUACCAUGGGGAGGACCCAGGAAACAUUGUCACGCCUGGAGAUGUUAUCACAGCGGACACAGGGUUUAUGAGAGGUCAUGGCACAUACAUGGAGGAGGACUGCCUGCAUGCCUCUGUGGCCGGCACGGUAGAGAGAGUCAACAAGCUGGUGUCUGUGCGUCCCCCUAAGACCAGGUACAACGGUGAGAUCGGUGAUGUUGUGAUUGGUCGGGUCAUUGAGCUGGCGUUGCGGAGGUGGCGGGUGGAGACUCACUCACGCAUGGAUUCGGUGCUCAUGUUGUCCUCGGUGAAUCUACCGGGUGGAGAGCUGCGUCGGCGAUCAGAGGAGGACGAGAAGAUGAUGCGGAGUUACCUCAAGGAGGGGGACCUGAUCAGUGCUGAGGUUCAGAACGUGAUGUCUGACGGAUGUCUCUCCCUGCACACCCGCAGUUUGAAAUACGGCAAGCUGGGCCAGGGAACGUUGGUGCAGGUUUCGCCGUCGCUGGUGCUGCGGAGGAAGACCCACUUCCACAACCUGCCUGUGGGCGCGUCCAUCAUCCUGGGCAACAACGGGUUCAUCUGGCUCAGCCCCACCCAGGACGAGCAGGACGGGGACACGGGCGGCUACCAGACAAACCUGCAGCCUGUCUCCCACAGUGAUCGUGAGGUGAUUGCUCGUCUCAGAAAUUGUGUUCUGGCGCUGGCUGACCGGCAGAUGCUUCUUUUUGACACCAGCAUCCUGCAUGCGUAUGAGGCUUCCAUGAAACACACGGUGAAGGAGCUGCUGAAGCCCGAGGUCAUCGCAGAUGUGGUGGACCUGGUUCGUCAGCGCAUGGAGUUAGAGGGCAGUUGAGCCAGUUCUGGGAGUGUGUGCUUGUCAGUGUUGAUGUGUGUUUGUAUCUGAUUGUAGGUGUGCAUGUGACUGGUUGUAAGUAUGUGUUUGAGUGAAAGUGUGUCGGUGUGUGCGUGUUAAAUUGAACAUUAUGAAUGGUAAUUUUGUACAUGUAUGCGCAUGUGGUGAUGGCUGGAGAUGUCUGAAAAAGUAUCUCACUUUGUAAUUCCAUGCGUGUUGUUGGUUAGAGGCGAGGGAGACUGAAGCUUGUUAAAAGAAGACAGCAGCCUUUUCAUGAACUCUUGUUUAUAUUCAUCUACAUUAAAUAAAGUUGUCUUAUGAACAUU